AAAGCAUUCCAGACUGCAGGUGUACUUCUCCGUGCUGUCAGCCAAAGAACUCAGCUUCCGCUCAAUCUGUAAAUUUGUACAAAACCCAAAGACAAGAGAGAUUUUGCUUUCCGGAGACCAGGGAAGAGUCAAGGCUACAGUCGACACCGUGGCUCCAAGGUCAGCCUGUCCAAUGCUGCUCAUCCUGUUGAUCUUGCUGGGGCCCUUGCCGGCCUCCCCCCAGACUUACCAGAACUUCCAGAGGAAACAUAUGGACUACCCAAAGACCAGUCCCCACCUGGCUGCCCGGCUCUAUUGCAACCAAAUGAUGCAGCGUCGAAAUAUGACCAACCCCAUCUGCAAGGAAUUCAACUCUUUCAUCCAUGAACCCGCAAAUGUUGUAGACGCCAUCUGCACAAAUGGAGGGACCCAUGUCGGUCGCAAUCUUUACGACAGCCAUGCUGCCUUUCAUCUCACCAACUGUGAAGUCAUUGGGGGACGUGGCCAGAGGCCCCCCUGCAACUACCGGGGCAGGACCGAAUGCAGACGUAUUGAAGUGGCCUGCAAUAGUAGGUCGCUGCCGGUACACUUCCACAAAAUGAUUUAGAUCUCUGAGCAGAGAAAGGAUCUAGGGAAGUGGUGUCAG